CUUCCUCUCGUCACGCGACGCCAAUCCAUUUCCAUGGCGUCCUCGUCGUCGUUCAAGCCGAACCCGCUGUCACUGAGCGUGCCGGACCCCGCGCUCGACCGCUGGCUCCGCGACUCCGGCUACCUCGACCUCCUCGAUUCCACCGCCACGGCCCCCUCCUCCUCAUCCGCCUCGUCGGCCCCCUCCUCCACCGCCGCCGCCACCAGCCCCACCGCCGGCCCCGCCUCGCCCUCCUCCGGCGUCGCCGCCGACGUCCUCGCCUUCGCCCGCACCCUCGCCUCGCUCCUCGCGCUCAACCCCUUCGCGCGCCUCUCCUCCGCGGACCUCGCCGCGCCCACCCCGUCCUGGUCCCUCGCCUUCGUCGGGCCCCCCGGCUCUGUCUCCUACUCCUGGCCGCCCACCUCGACCCAGGCCAGGCUCCGCGUCCAGGAGAACGUCCGCCGCUACGCGCGCAACUACGCCGCGCUCGCCAUCCUCGUCUUCGCAUGCUGCCUGUACCGGAUGCCGAUGGCUCUGCUGGGGAUGCUGGCCAGCCUCGCCGUCUGGGAGGGUGUGCGCUACUGCCGGGACCACUGGACCCUCUCUCCAGGGAUUGCCCAGGCUCUGCUGCACUGCGCACAGAUUGCCACUGCUAUACUACUGUACGUCUGCAACCUGCAGUUUGCUCUUGUGUAUGCCAUCGGAUUGAGUUAUGUAGUGAUGAUGUUGCACGCCUCUCUUCGGAAGUUGACUCCCUCAAAGCUACCAGAUCCUGGUAACAAGAACAGGAGGGCACAACCAAGACGGAGCUAAGUUACACGUCAGACAGCAGUACAGGUGAUGUUGAAGGCUAGAGAGACGCCGUUCAAACAUGAGAGAUGGAUUACUUUCUUUGGAUUUCUGACCAGUUGGUUACCUUUGUUAACACGCACAUAUCUGCUUACAAAGACAGAACAAGAUUUCAUGAUUUUGUUUGUUUUUCUAAUACAAGACAGUAUGCAAGCAAAAGCAUGGUGCAAGACA